AUGUCCCUCGACGGCAAGGUCGCGCUCAUCACCGGCGGCGCCAAGAACCUGGGCGCCGCCAUCGCAAAGGAGCUGGCGGCUCUCGGCGCCGGCCUCGCCCUGCACUACAACUCGCCCAAGUCCAAGGACGCCGCCGCCAAGCUCGAGCAGGAGCUCAAGGCCAAGUACCCCAAGGUCACGGUGCGCUUCUACCAGGGCGACCUGACCACCGAGGCCGCCGUCGACAAGCUCUUCACCUCUGCCAUCAAGGACUUUGGCAAGAUUGACAUUGUCGUCAACACGGUCGGCAAGGUGCUCAAGAAGCCCAUUACGGAGAUUACCGAGGCCGAGUACGACGAGAUGUUUGCCGUCAACUCCAAGGCCGCCUUCUUCAUCCUCAAGGCCGGCGCCAAGCACGUCGCCGACGGCGGCAAGCUCGUCACCAUCGUCACGGCCCUGCUGGCCGCCUUCACUGGCUUCUACACCUCGUACGCCGGCUCCAAGGCGCCCGUCGAGCACUUCACCCGCGGCGUGGCCAAGGAGCUGCAGCCGCGCCGCGUGAGCGUCAACGCCGUGGCCCCGGGGCCCAUGGACACUCCCUUCUUCUACCCGCAAGAGUCGGACGACGCCGUCGCCUUCCACAAGAGCCAGGCGCUCGACGGCCGCCUCACCGAGGUGCAGGACAUUGCGCCCCUCGUGCGCUUCCUCGUCACCGAGGGCUCGUGGAUCACCGGCCAGACGCUGUUUGCCAACGGCGGCUACACGACGAGGUAA